CCUUUGGGCUUUGGCAGCUCUGAACUGAGCUGUGUUGCCGUUCAAUCCCUACUGGUGCAUCGCGGGACAGACAAAUCCAUGCAAGGCGGCUACUUUUGCCUUGCCUCCUUCUCAUCCAUUAUUGAAGUCUUGAAGGUAAUGGCUUGUUUGUCAUAAGUGCGAACUAGGGUUUCUAUUUUUCCACCCCUGAGUUCCGAAGCUUGAGUCUACUAUUCCACUACCCGCUAGAAAGCCUAUAAUCUCUGAAUUAUAAUCGAGGUCGCUCUCCAAUUUUGGAUUUUCUGUGGUUUCGCAAUGACGCGGGUAUACGGAACUGGAUUAUUCGACUUUCGUCGUCACAGAGUUGCUGAGUACCCGGUAGCUGAGAAAGUGGAGACCAAGCCUGGGGCUACUCUUCCAAGCACUAUUACUCUUUCGGAGAUACAACGGGAUCGACUUACUAAGAUUGCCGAGGAUAACUGGUUGAGAACAGGUGACCCUGCUCGGCCCAAGAACCCUUUUGAUCCGGAACUGGUUAAGAAAAUUUAUGAGACAGAGUUGCUGGUUAAGGAGGGUCAUAAACCCGUUCCACUGCAAAGGGUUAUGAUUCUGGAGGUUAGUCAGUAUUUGGAGAAUUAUUUGUGGCCAAAUUUCGAUCCAGAGACUGCCACUUUCGAGCACGUCAUGUCCAUGAUACUCAUGGUGAAUGAGAAGUUCCGAGAGAAUGUUGCAGCUUGGGUGUGCUUCUAUGAUCGGAAAGAUAUUUUCAAAGGAUUUCUUGAGAAGGUUCUUAGGCUGAAGGAGGGAAGAGAACUAUGUAUAGCAGAGAAGACCAAUUACUUAGUUUUCAUGAUUAACACCUUUCAGAGCUUGGAAGAUGAGGUUGUCAGCAUGACAGUCUUGAGACUGGCAAGUUUGAAAUCUUGGUACUGUUUAUCUUAUGGUCGUUUUCAGAUAGAGCUUUGUCUGAAUCCAAGUCUGAUCAAGAAGUGGAAAAGGAUGGUAAGAAAGGAACCUCUGAAAGAAGGGAAUUCUGAUCCCUCAGCUGCCCUUGAAGUGACAUUCUCGAGAAAUCUCAUUGAAGAAUUUUUGGAGAUACUGGAUUCCCAGGUUUUUCCUCGAAGACAGUUAGCUGGUGACAAUGAAGUUAUUGAUACGAUGAAUUUGGAGUCAGUUGAUGAUGCUUGUGUAUUGUAUUGUGAGAGGUUUAUUGAAUUUCUUAUCGACCUCUUGAGUCAAUUGCCGACAAGGAGGUACUUGAGGCCUCUUGUGGCUGAUAUAGCUGUUGUGGCCAAAUGCCAUUUGAGCGCCCUCUAUAGGCAUGAAAAGGGAAAACUUUUUGCUCAGUUGGUUGACUUGUUACAAUUCUAUGAAGGGUUUGAAAUUAAUGAUCAUACAGGAACACAGUUAACAGAUCAUGAGGUUCUUGAAUCUCAUUACAGUCAUCUCCAAUCGUUUCAGCUACUUGCAUUUAAAAGGAUUGAGAAGCUGAGAGAACUUUCAUUGACUAACAUUGGUUCAAUUCACAAGCGUGUGGAUCUAUCUAAGAAACUAUCGGUUCUUUCUCCUGAGGAAUUAAGGGAUUUGGUUUGCUGCAAGCUUAAAUUGGUUUCCCAAGGAGAUCCUUGGUCAGAGAGGGUUGAUUUUCUUAUUGAAGUGAUGGUGUCGUUCUUUGAGAAACAACAGUCACAAAAAGAAGCCAUUAAUUCUCUUCCACUAUACCCAAAUGAGCUGAUUAUGUGGGAUGAAAGUGUUGUACCAAGCAUAAAUUACACUGGAGAAGGUUGUUUGGCUCUGCCAAAACUUAACUUGCAGUUCUUGACGCUUCAUGAUUAUCUCCUUCGAAAUUUUAAUCUCUUCAGACUUGAAUCAACAUAUGAAAUACGUGAGGAUAUACAAGAAGCUGUUCCACAUCUUCUUGCAUAUAUUAAUAAUGAGGGAGAGACUGCUUUCCGUGGUUGGUCAAGAAUGGCUGUACCAAUCAAAGAGUUCAAGAUCGCUGAGGUAAAGCAGCCAAAUAUAGGAGAAGUCAAGCCAUCUUCUGUGACAGCAGAAGUCACUUAUAGCAUUUCCAGUUAUAGGGCGCAGAUACGAUCAGAAUGGGAUGCCCUCAAAGAACAUGAUGUUUUGUUUUUACUUUCUAUUAGGCCAUCAUUUGAGCCUCUUACUGCAGAAGAAGAAGUUAAAGCUAGUGUGCCACAGAGGCUUGGCCUUCAGUAUGUUCGAGGAUGUGAAAUUAUUGAGAUUCGUGAUGAGGAAGGAACUCUUAUGAAUGAUUUCACUGGAAGGAUAAAACGUGAUGAGUGGAAGCCACCAAAGGGGGAACUGAGAACCAUAACUGUGGCUUUGGAUACUGCACAGUAUUACAUGGAUGUCAACAACAUUGCAGAGAAUGGGGCAGAAGAUGUUUAUGGUACAUUUAAUAUAUUGAUGAGGAGGAAGCCCAAAGAAAACAAUUUCAAAGCCAUCUUAGAUUCAAUAAGAGAUUUGAUGAAUGAGUACUGUAUUGUUCCUAAGUGGUUGGAAAACAUAUUUCUUGGAUAUGGGGAUCCUUCAGCAGCACAAUGGACUAAUAUGCCUGAUCUGUUGGAAAUGGUAGAUUUCAAAGAUACCUUUUUAGAUGCUGAUCACUUGAUAGAAAGUUUUUCAGAUUAUGAGGUUUCUUUUGUCAAUCCUGAUGCCACAGAGAGCUUGGAUCCGAAGCCUCCUUUUCGGAUCAGACUUCCUCGAACUCUAAAAGGAAACAGUGGUGCCCUCCCAGGGAAUAUAGUGUCUACCACUGAUGUAAUAAAUGAUGGCAAUGAUGCCAGUCAUCUGAAAGAAAAAUUACUCGUUGAGACAUAUACACCUCCUGAUCCAGGCCCUUAUCCCCAAGAUCAGCCAAAACAAAAUUCAGUCAGAUUCACACCCACGCAGAUUGGUGCAAUUAUCUCUGGCAUUCAACCUGGUUUAACAAUGGUUGUGGGUCCACCUGGUACUGGAAAGACUGAUACAGCCGUGCAAAUUCUAAAUGUCCUAUAUCAUAAUUGUCCUUCACAAAGAACCUUAAUAAUUACUCAUUCAAAUCAGGCUUUGAAUGACCUGUUUGAGAAAAUAAUGCAGAGGGAUGUGCCUGCACGUUAUCUUCUUAGACUUGGUCAAGGAGAACAAGAGCUAGCAACUGAUCUUGAUUUUAGUCGGCAAGGCCGUGUUAAUGCAAUGCUUGUCAGACGGUUAGAAUUGCUGAGUGAAGUGGAGAGGUUGGCAAGAUCUCUUCAAUUGCCAGAGGAUGUAGGUUAUACUUGUGAAACUGCAGGUUACUUUUGGUUGAUUCAUGUAUAUUCACGCUGGGAGCAAUUUCUUGCUGCCUGUGCUGAGAACAAAGAUAAACCAAGCUUUAUUCAAGAUCGCUUUCCCUUCAAAGAAUUCUUUUCUGACACACCACAUCCAGUAUUUACUGGUGAAUCUUUUGAGAAAGACUUGAGAGCUGCUAAGGGGUGCUUUCAGCAUCUGAAGACUGUGUUCCAAGAACUUGAAGAGUGUCGAGCAUUUGAAUUACUGAAGUCAACAGCUGAUAGGGCUAACUACUUAAUGACCAAGCAGGCUAAAAUUGUUGCCAUGACCUGUACUCAUGCCGCUCUGAAGAGGAAAGAUUUCCUUCAGUUAGGUUUUAAGUACGACAACCUGUUAAUGGAAGAAAGUGCCCAAAUUUUAGAGAUUGAGACUUUUAUUCCAAUGUUACUCCAGAGACAGGAAGAUGGUCAUGCACGGCUUAAACGCUGCAUCCUGAUUGGUGAUCAUCACCAGUUGCCUCCUGUUGUGAAGAAUAUGGCUUUCCAAAAGUAUAGCCACAUGGAUCAAAGUUUAUUUACAAGAUUUGUCCGUUUGGGAAUUCCUUACAUUGAGCUUAAUGCCCAGGGAAGAGCCAGGCCAAGUAUAGCUAAACUUUACAAUUGGAGAUACAGAGAUUUGGGAGACCUUCCUUCUGUAAAGGAGGAAGCCAUAUUCCAUAGGGCAAACGCUGGAUUUUCCUAUGACUAUCAGUUAGUGGAUGUUCCAGAUUACCUUGGUAAGGGUGAGACCACUCCUUCUCCUUGGUUCUAUCAAAAUGAGGGAGAAGCUGAAUAUCUUGUCAGUGUCUAUAUAUACAUGCGUUUAUUAGGAUAUCCAGCAAAUAAGAUAUCAAUUUUGACUACUUACAAUGGUCAGAAACUUCUCAUCCGUGAUGUAGUCAGCAGAAGAUGUGUUCCAUAUGACUUCAUUGGUCCUCCUAGUAAGAUUACCACAGUUGAUAAGUUUCAAGGUCAGCAAAAUGAUUUUAUAUUGCUGUCUCUUGUGCGUACUCGAUUUGUUGGUCACCUGCGAGAUGUAAGAAGAUUGGUGGUUGCCAUGUCUCGUGCUCGACUUGGUUUAUAUGUGUUUUGCCGUCGUUCUCUCUUUGAACAAUGCUAUGAGCUGCAGCCUACAUUUCAGCUUCUGCUCAAGAGACCUGACAGACUUGCCCUUAAUUUGAAUGAGAUUGCAUCAUAUACUGAACGACAUGUUGAAGAUACCGGACCUAUUCAUCUUGUCAGUGGCAUUGAUGAGAUGAGCAGUAUUAUACAAGGGUUAUACCAGGCUCAGAUGAUGAGACAUCAGUUUGAGCAAAAUAAUUUGCAUUUUAGUCACGCAGCACCUUCCUCGGAUACAAACGAAGAGAAAAAUGAGCACCAGAAUUCGAAUGGCCUCACAGAAAAGAAUAAGCCACCGGAAAAUAACAUGAAAGAUGUUUCAAUGACUGAUGGCCAUGCAGCUGAAGAUAUACCGCCUGUAAGUAACACUGAAGAUUUUCCAAUGAGUGAUGACCAUGUAGCUGGAGGUGUACCACCUGAAAGUAACACGGAAGAUGUUCCAAUGAGUGACGGCCAUGUAGCUGAAGGUGUGCCACCUGAAAGCAACCCGGACGAUGCUAACAGGGUCGACGGCGAUGUUAGUAUGCCAAAUGGAGCUUCAGUACCUGACAGCUAGUUUGGGAAUCACAUGUUGAAGGAGGAAUCACAGUAAAUGUCAAGCUGCCUCAAAACAGUUUUGCUCCCUAAGUUUGAAACCAAGUUUUCCAGCACCAGCAGCAUCGGAACCCUCUUUGAAUUAUAACUUCUGGGUGUCGUCUUUACUGUAACAAACAAGAUUUCCCACUGAUCCCCCCACAGAGGAAUGUGCCACCCAUUAUGUAACACAAAGUAUCAUGUUCAUAUGUAGAUUUUGAUGAUGGUAUUCACAA